AUUCACCUGAAAAUAUUGAAACAGAAGUUCUAGCCUACCUCACGGUGGAACGUUUGAUCCUGGAACACUUGAUCGAAGAUCAGAGACGAAGGAAGACUCAUGAGGUCUGCGGUGAUUCUGCUGUUUUUGGCUAUCGGUGCCGCUAGUGCCGGCCCAAUGGGUCGCGUUUUGCGGCUGACUCCUUCAUCAAAGGCGCAGUUAGACUUUAUUGCAUCUCUCGACAGCAACACAGACUUUGAGUUGGAUUUCUGGACUCACCCAGCGGAAGUGGGUGUCCCUGUGGAUAUCCGCGUGACGCACGAUGACUAUGCCAAGCUGGCCAAGCUUUUGGCCUCUAAAAGCAUCGUGUUCACCAUACAGAUUCCCGACCUCGACGCUCUCAGCAGCAAACAGAACCCACCUGCUUCACGCUCAUCUGGCUUUGACUACCAGAAAUACAACACUUUCCAAGCGAUCUAUACUGAGAUGGAUAAUCUGGUGCGACAACACUCCCAACUCGCCACCAUGCAGAACCUGGGAAACACCUAUGAGGGCCGACCAAUGAAAGCCGUCAAGAUCAGCUCAGGAAGAGGGAAGAAGACGUUCUUCAUGAAUUGCGGCAUUCACGCCCGUGAAUGGAUCACUCAGGCGACUUGCAUGUACAUGUUGAACCAGAUAUUAUAUAAGUAUGGUAAGGACCAGACAGUCACGGCGAUGCUGGACAAAAUGGACUUCGUUAUCAUGCCUAUCCUCAACGUUGAUGGAUACGUGUAUACCCACACACACAACCGCAUGUGGAGGAAGACACGCAAGCCUUACGGAGGAUGCUAUGGAGCAGACCCAAACAGAAACUGGAGCUUCAAGUGGGGAGGUGUCGGUACAAGCUCUGAUCCUUGCCGAGACACUUACCGUGGACCCAGGCCCUUCUCGGAAGUGGAAGCGUUGAACGUUGCUCGCUACCUGUACCGGAACCGGAAGUCACUUAUCGGCUACAUGGAUAUUCACGCGUACAGCCAGCUCUGGAUGACGUCAUGGGGUUUCAACAGGGCGUAUCCCCCGGCAUAUAACACUAAAGUGAAACCUGCAGGACAAAAGGCUGUAGAGGCAUUGCGAAAGGUGUAUGGCACACACUACAGACUGGGACCAUCCUCUAUCAUCAUCUAUGCAACCUCUGGCGGAACCAUGGACUGGGCAACCGGUGUACUUGGCAUCGAAUACUCGUAUGGAUUGGAACUGAGGGACGAGGGAAAGUACGGAUUCGUUCUACCCGCCAAUCAGAUCCUGCCAACAGGAGUCGAGACGUUUGCCGCUAUUAAAGCCAUGGUACAGGAAAUGAAAGUCUAAGAAACGUCUAUCAGAAACGUCACAAUUGUCUUUUGUUUCUAGCAAAUAAAUCACAAGUGUUCUAGCAAUC